GCGGAAGCGGGUUUGAAGUGAGCCAGGACAUUCCGUUGGCUCGAUCGUCAGCCGACUGGUCUAUUGCAACAAGGAAACUGGAAAAGUGGGAUGACAGGUACAGACCGAAGCGGCAUCCGGGACCACAGCCAGCUCUCAUGCGAACGUUGAGCUGGAAGGCGCUCGUCCAACGGCAGCAGCGCGCAUUCCACCACCAACGGCGCGAUCGCCGACUUCUUUCACCAACCUCAUUCUUCAACUGUUCGCUUCGAUGCCAGCCUCGCUCCGUGCCUUUGCUCUCCUGAGCGUCGUCUACCUCCACGCUGUGUUUGCUGGGAUGGUCGUGAGCUGCAAUGAAGGGAUGCUCUGCGGCAACCAAGGCCGCGCCAAGUGCUACGACCCGAUCAUCGAGGGCUGUUGCGACGGCCUCGUGUACGUGAUACACGCGUACAACGCGAGCGGCCAGCUCUCGGUGCGUCAGUGCUGCAUGCGAGCCAAGGCGUCGCCUUACGUGGCCUUCCGCUGCAACGCGCCGUCGGCAACCAACGCUUCGUUCACACCGGACGAACCCGGCAUGCUUGUUCCGGCGACUCUCGUUCGGACGCCGUCGGACAAUGGUACGAGCACGAGCAACGUUAGCCAGACAGCGACGCCCAUGACGACGACACUUCCCGUCACGACGAAGCCAGCGACAACCGUGCCGCCGCCGACAACAAUGCAGGCAACGACGCUGGCGCCGGGUAAUGUUACAACGGCACCGGGCAAUGUUACGACGGCGCCGGGCAACGUGACGACUGCGCCGGGCGGUAGUACAAAGUCACCGCCCAAGGCGACAACGGCUCCGCCGUCGACGGCAUCGUGCGUCGGGUCGUCGGCGGUCGCCGUCAUCGGCGUGGUUUUGGCGCGUUGUUUGGCUGCCUGAAACCGGCAGUGGUCGACGACGAUAGCGUAAUCUCAGCCAAUCUACGCCGUUGGUCUCUUGGAA